UUUCAUAUAUCGCGUCGCGCGUCGACACUUAGUAAGUGGUAACUACAUACCAAUAUCCAUGAUAUCGUCUUGAAUACCUAAGUUUCUUGCACAUAUUCUCAUACUCGCAUCAGUCGCCGCAUCUUAUGAGUUAGCAUCUCAUUCUCUAAUCGACGACGACGUAUCAAAAUGACACAAUGUCUGGGUCAAAUCAGGACCGGACGAAACGAGUCGAUCUUAGUAUCAAUCGCUUGAUUUCGCAGCUGAUAUCUGAUGACCCUCGCUUGAGCGAUGAAGAUGCGCAGCAGAGACAUGACUUAUUCUUUGACGAGAUCAAGAAACAAUUAAACGAACCUAGACCGCCUCCUCUUGCCGACCAGAAUCAUGCUUCCGAACUUAUCAGACGAAGACUGGUUCAAACGAACCCGAACCAGGCUUUACGUUAUUCCAAUCUUUACUCGAGAUUGUUGGCGUUGCCUGUACUAAAUCAAAAAUGGGCUAUGUUGUAUUUGCUCUACCAAUUGGCCGAUUCGCCUGAUCCCAGUGAACCUGACCCUGUUGCCUUUGCCGAGUUUCAGCAGGAGCAAGCCAAGCGAAGAAAGCAGGAGGAAAGAGAAGAAUUCGCUGCUUCAAACGGUCCUUCCAACGAAGGUGCUAAGACACAUAAACGUGACCGAGACUCUGACAACUACAAUCCCACCGAACUUCGAGAUGUACUCAAAAAUCCAAAAGAUAUGAAGUCCGUCGACGGUGAUUCGCAACGGCCUACUACAAGUACUAGCGACUAUAAACGUAAUAGGACACCUAAAGAUUCUGCUCCAACUACACCUAAGAGGGAUGUUGCUAUUAAGUCAAAGCUACUCGCAGACAAUUACUCCGAUAUCGACCCCUCUGAACCUGCCCUACUUCGAGAUCUUCCAUAUACCCUUCAGGGGCUUUCCUCUACUACUCUCCCAUUUGGCAAGGGAAAAGAGCACUCCCUUAGACUACCUACCACUCUCCCUCCGCCUAUAAUAGGCAUUCUCCAUUCGCUAGCCGAGCCUUCCCUUCUCUACCGUACCCUUGAAGAUUUUGUCAAGACCCCCACGAAAGGGCUCGUUGAGCAAAGUCUCCGGGCAGCUAUCAGCAACGAAUUGCGCUCAUACUUAACACUCGUAGCAACACUAGAAGGUCAGAUUCGACGUGCACUGUCUACUAUAUCCGAAAAUGCCCCUAGAAACGGCAUCGGAAAAGCCGGUGUCACUCUAAAGCGUUGUGUUGUCUGGACGCGUGAAGCAACUAUGGGUCUGCGCCUUAUGGCCAUGAUCGCCGAAGACUCUAAGAGUAAAAAAGGCGGCCAGCUUAUCACCCUAAUCCAUGGCUUCGCUUCGACCAAUGGGGACCCCGUAGUCGCCGCAUUUGCUGAGCGCCUACUUACUCCUAUUACUCGUCCUUUCUACGACAUACUACGCCACUGGAUCUACGAUGGGGAACUCUCAGAUCCAUACCUUGAGUUCUUCGUACAGGAGCAGUCAGUAGCUGCCAUGCCCAAAGGUAAAUCAGGAUCUAUCAAUGUCUGGGAGGAUAAAUAUGUCUUAGCACCCGACAUGACGCCCUCCAUCAUCACUGAGGAGUUUUCUGAAAAGGUUUUUCUGAUUGGGAAAUCUCUCAACUUCAUCCGCCACAGCUGCGGUGACGCCCAAUGGGUCGAGUCAUACUCCAAGGAGUCCUCCAAGGAGCUCCGCUAUGGCGAUACUGCUACCUUAGAAACCUGGAUCGAUGAGGCCUAUAAGACGACCAUGCGCCGCCUGCUGCAUCUCAUGACCAACAAGUUUCACCUGUUCGAGCACCUACAGGCUCUGAAGAGCUACAUCUUGCUAGGGCAAGGCGACUUCAUCGCACUGCUUAUGGAAUCGCUGGCCGCUAACCUCGACCGCCCAGCCGGCGCCCAGUACCGACACACACUGACAGCGCAGCUCGAGCACGCCAUCCGCGGCUCCAAUGCGCAGUACGACUCUCCCGAGGUCCUACGUCGCCUCGACGCCCGCAUGUUGCAGCUAUCACACGGAGACAUUGGCUGGGAUUGCUUCACACUCGAAUACAAGAUCGACGCCCCUGUCGACGUCGUCAUAUCCGAGUGGGGUAACCGCCAGUAUCUCAAGGUCUUCAACUUCUUGUGGCGUAUCAAGCGCGUAGAGUUCGCCUUGUCAUCCACCUGGCGCAAGGUUACUACCGGCUCGCGCGGCGUCCUGCAGACGAACCACGACUCUGUAGCCCAAGCCUGGAAGACGACACGCGGGUUUUUGGCGGAGAUGGUGCAUUUUGUGGGCCAACUCCAGUACUAUAUAUUGUUCGAAGUCAUCGAGAGCUCUUGGACCGAGCUCCAGGAGAAGUUAAAAAAAGAGAAUGCGACGCUAGACGACGUAAUUCACGCUCACAGCAACUACCUCAACUCCAUCACGCACAAGGGCCUGCUCGGCGCUCGCCGCCGCCGCUUCGUAGCCAACGCUGCAGUCAAUACCAGCACCACCGGCGUCGACGAGGACGAUAACAGCUACAUGAUCCAGCUAGGUGAGCUACUACGCACCAUGCUCGCGUACCGCGACUGCGUCGAUGGCCUGUACUCGUGGUCCGUGUCAGACUUCACACAGCGCCAGGAGGCCGACCUACGACAUGAGCCCCUAGUCCCGCCCGAUGACGAAGAAAUCCCGGGAGGGCCUCACAGCGAAUUCCCGGCCUUGCAAGAACGCCUCAAACAUCUCGGGGACAGGUUCCGGUCGAAAUUGCAGAUCUUGCUCGGGGAUCUAGCCUACCAACCGGACGUCGACCUCAGGUUCCUAGGCGUCGCGAUGAACUUUAACGACGUUUACCAACCUGUGCGUCGUAAGCCUAAGGGCACGCCUGGACCGUCGACCGCGAUGAAAGGAGGAGGCGACGGGCUAUCGACUUUAGGCGGAAAGGGAGUGGCUAAGGGCUGAAAUGGGCUGAUGUUCUGAUAGAAUACGAAAAACCGAAAUAGUGAACACAUCGGUGAUGCUUUUUGACGAGUAUCUCCACGACAGUCUAUCCCGUGCUCGAAUCUACUCCGGGAUACCUAUACAAGCCAAACCAACCCAUACAUUCGCGCGGCCGGGGUCCGAAGUCUCAGCUUCGCCGCGCAAAAUAAAUAAACAAACAAACAAAUAGAACCUCGCGUUUGCCCUACGGCCGAGAAAUGAUGUAACGUAACGGAAGGGGCGAAGUCAGUUGGGUUGUCUACGAUAUCACGGUUCACAGAAUGGAGGGCGCUGUUGGGUUGUUGGCUGGGCUGUUUAGGUAUCUAUACUACAGUCUACGAUGUCUCGCGGGCUUUGCAUGAGGGUCUAAUUAGGUAUUGGCGAUCAAGCGAUCGUGAUCGAUCGAGGCUACGUCAGUGGCGCUACCCUGCCCCUCACGAUGCUAAAGGCAAGUGUCUAGUAUACAUGUAUCUCUAGCCUUACAAUCAAUGAAGAAGCCGCUCCUAUGAACGGGCUAACCUAGAAUACCAAUACCUUAAAC